CUCGCAGCCCCUUGAAACAAGCGAAGGAGAGGCGGCUGGGAGAGCCAAGGAGCCUCGCGGUAGUUUCCAAAGCGCGCUGGUGGCGCUCUCCGGCCGCCGCUCCCUUGCCAGCAGAGCCGCGCUGGGAUUCUCGUGAAGACGCGUGACCCCGUCGAACUUUCCGUCGGGUUUCAUUAUCCCUCCUGCGUUCCCCACCCUCCAGGCUUGAGGUUUUUUUUCUCUUUCUCUUCCACGGAUCUUUCUUGCGGGUUCCUCGGAGCCUCGGCUGCUGGCUCAGCUUUCAUUCCAGCUCCCCUCCACCCGGCGGGCGCAGGUGGCUCUGCCUGCCUGCGUGUCUCCUGGCCCCGUGAGGAGACAUCGCCGGUGGCACAUAGCAGUUUCCUAAUACUGGAGAAAGAGCGCGGCUUUGGAUGGGGCGAUCGGCGCGCUUGCCUUGCCUCCGGCGGAGAGGCUAGCCUAGAUCCCGGCUCAUCUUUGCUGCUGCGCGCCAGACCCUGGAUGUGGAGGAAAGCUUGGGAUAUGCAGAAAUGCUUGUGCCUAUUUUCAAAUGGGAAUUUGGAUUUACUGCAGGAUAUGUACACUGAUAAAUCUGUUUAACUACAGUCAAAACCUGGAAAAGGGGCUAAGGAUGAGGUCCUGUGCCAAAUCAAUGCUUCCGUCUCAGUGGCUGUUCCUGGCAUAUGUGUUAAUGGUGUGCUGUAAAUUGUUGUCCGCGACUAGCCACCAUCCCCGGGGGCACCCAGGCCACCACCAAGUUAAGCAAGGGACCUGCGAAGUGGUGGCAGUGCAUCGGUGCUGCAACAAGAACAGGAUUGAAGAGCGGUCGCAGACGGUCAAGUGCUCCUGCUUCCCAGGUCAGGUGGCUGGCACAACAAGAGCGCAGCCCUCCUGCGUCGAAGCUGCCAUUGUCAUCCAGAAGUGGUGGUGUCAUAUGAACCCUUGCCUGGAUGGAGAAGACUGUAAAGUGCUUCCAGAUUACUCAGGUGACACGGUAGCAAAAUGUAAACAUGUGCCAAAGUUGGACCGAUGGGAUUUACAGCUGCAUUGCCCAGAGACGUUCAUUUUUGAAAAAAAGUGUCAAGUCUGGACUGCCAACUUUUCAAAACAGCUGGCACAAACUUGA